AUGAACUUCAAUAAGAAAGAAUUUAACUUUCAAGCAAAAAAAAUUGUUAAUUGUCUUAAUAAAUUAGGAAAAUAUCAAUGGAAAUGGGAUACAAGAGGAUUUAUUAUUCAUUCAUGUGAAUUAGGUGAAUUACUUCAAGUUGAUGAUAAUCAUUGUAAUGAAGAAAUUUAUGAAGAAAAAGAUGAUACUAUUUGUCAAAUACAACAAAAAAGAUAUUAUUUUAUUCAUCAUAUUCUUUAUAAUACAUCUUAUCAAGUACCUCAAUUUGGAGUAUCUUUAUUUGAUAAAAAGGAAAAUAAAUAUAUUACUCAAUUAGAACAAGCAACAACUUUAUUAUCACACCUUAGUGGAAUUGAAAAGUGUGAUAAUAAUAAUCCAUUAAAUCUUUUUAUUACAAUGAAUGAACAUCCAUUAAUAGAAGAUUAUUAUAUGUUUUUUAUUCAUCCUUGUGGUACUUCAUCUUCAUUACUUCCAAUUAUUGAAUUUUCAUUAUCUGAUUAUCUUAUUUGUUAUUUAAGUUCAUAUGGUCCAUAUUUAUGUUGUUUUGAAAAUUGGUUAUCAGUACAACAUAAAUUAAUUACUGAAAAUCAAAAUUAA